GGUGGUUAGAGCAGCUGUUACUAUGGUUAAGGACUGUAGCCACAUGGUGCUUGGCCAGGUGUCACGGUCUGAACCUGAACUUUCAAUUCACGUGACAUUGUGGCUUAAUCACACAAACUCUACAACAGAGGAAUUUGAACAAACAGUCUCAUAUCCACCGAAAAAGAGAUUUAAAUCGGCUGUGUGGGAGCAUUUUAAUGACUGACUGAAGACAACAGAUGGAAAGCAUGCAGACAUAAGUCAUGUAAAGUUACACAUCCUACAAAUGGGACCGGAUGUUCUACUUAGUCAUCCAAAAACCAACUAGUGAGUUAAUAUUUUUUAGCUGUGGUGCUUUUAAAAGGAUGAAUCGAGAGAUGCAACUUUUAGUAAUGUUUAAGCAAGCUGACAGCACGUGGUACAUAUGCAUGUUGUAGAGCGCAACAGCCUGGUUCCGGAAGUAAAAAUCACAAUAAAUCUGAAAAAAAAAAAUAAUAAUUCCAUAGACUAAUUGAUUUUCAACGAUAAUUUAUAAACAUUUCAAGACAGACCUACCUUGAGCUCAGAGGUUGUUCGUCGAUGAUAUAUAGCUUCUGUUGAAGCCAUCCGUCUGCAUUAUUUCAAUUUCAUUGUUUAUAUAGCGUGUUUAAUAGAGGAAUUCCUGGUACAUUAGUCAAGUCAAUUCAAGUCAAUUUUAUUUGUAUAGCGCCUUUCACAACACACAUCGUUUCAAAGCAGCUUUACAGAAUAUCAGAAUUAACAGACGAUAAGACUGUAAUGUCUAUAAAGUCGAUGAAUCAUCAUUGUGUAAUUUAGAUAAAAUAUGAUUUUUAAUAGUGUUUAAGAAUAAUUAAAUGAUAAUUGUAUUAAUAACUCAUGGUACUGCAGAGAAAGCUUCACUAAUCAGAGAACCGCGGCCAAUUAAGCCCCCAAAAUUUGCCUCUGAGCGACAGCACAAUCCCAUGUCGCACUGUGAGUGACGGAAUCGAGUCGGUCUCCCAUUAAACUUAAACUACUUAUCUAAUGGUAUACAGUAUAUAAGAAUAUUUUGCAAUAAAGGUAAAAUGUAUUGCUUCUAUACUUAUAAUCAACAAACAAAAAUCAGUAGUUUAUAUAUUCCAAUAGUUUUUUAUUCAAUAACAUCAUUCGCAAUGCUUCAUGGGAUUGUAGUUUGUACCCUCGUAAAAGACAGUAAGUAUACAGUACCUUUGUCAUUAUUUCAAGCUUGAGUCGAUUACACUUGAAAUCAUGAUCGUGUCUAGAGACCACAAUGGCAAGAUGUACAGUGUAAAAGGAGUUGCACUUUGUCCUUACCCAAAAGAGAUUGGAUCGCUUCAGAAGACACUGAUUAACCACUGGAGACGUAUGAUUACAUUUAUGCUGCCUUUGUGCUUUUAUGAGCUUCUAGGUUCUAGCCAUCAUUCACUUGCAUUGAAUGGACCAACAGAGCCAAACUAUUCUUCUAUAUCUUCAUUUGUGUUCUGCAGAAGAAAGAAAGUCAUACACAUCUGGGAUGGCAUGAGAGUAACUGAUGAGAGAAUACAUUUUUUGGGUGAACUAUUCCUUUAAGUUUAAAGAUCAGUGAUGAGGAGCAAGGUUAUGACCUGGACCUCUUCUGCAUACCAAAACAUUAUGCAAAUGACUUGGAACGAGUGUAUAUUCCACAUGGACUCAUAAUGGACAGAACCGAACGUCUGGCCAGAGACAUUAUGAAGGACAUGGGUGGGCACCAUAUUGUGGCUCUGUGUGUGCUCAAAGGGGGCUACAAGUUCUUUGCUGACUUACUAGAUUACAUCAAAGCCCUCAAUCGUAACAGUGAUCGUUCCAUUCCUUUGACGGUGGACUUCAUUCGCCUCAAGAGUUACCAAAAUGACCAAUCUACAGGUGAAAUCAAAGUGAUUGGUGGAGAUGAUCUAUCUACUCUCACAGGGAAGAACGUCUUGAUUGUUGAGGACAUAAUUGAUACCGGGAAAACAAUGAAGACCUUGUUAGAACUUCUCAAGCAAUAUAAUCCAAAAAUGGUAAAAGUGGCCAGUUUGCUUGUGAAGAGGACACCAAGAAGUGUCGGCUACAGACCAGACUUUGUGGGAUUUGAGGUUCCUGACAAAUUUGUGGUUGGAUAUGCACUUGACUACAAUGAGUACUUUAGGGAUUUAAAUCACAUCUGUGUCAUCAGUGAAACGGGAAAGGAGAAGUACAAAGCAUGAGAAACCCUGAACUUCCCCCUCUAGCUGUGUAUCAUUUGUUUUAAAUAGAUGUCUUUUAUUUUAUAUCCAUUUUGUAUUUUUCAGAAGCGCAGCUCACCACUCAGGGUCUCUGGUGGGGUGAGUGCUGUUAAUGUACCUUACAUUUGAAUUGGCUUAUACCUCCACACGCACCCUGCUAUCAAACACAUUAGUAACUGCAAACACUCUCAGUCCCUUAGAAUUGUGGUCUUAAAACUACUGCUCUCAGUUCCUUAAAAUGGGUGCUUAAAACAACCAUUUAAUAAACAUUUGUGUAAGAGCCAAUAAUUCCUUUAAAUUAUUAUUACAAUUUGUGUGUAAAAUUAUGGGUUGAUGUUUAAAGAUUAGAUUUGGAUAAAUCCAAUUAUAUAAAUAAAAUAAUACAGAUUUGUAGGUUAUCUUGCUUUGCUUUUCAAUAUUUUAAAGAACAUACAAUUUGGGAAUUUGCUCAGAUGGCAAAGGGAAAACAUGAAUAAGACUAUUUGCAAUGUACUCUAUCAUGACAUGUCACUGUAAUAUGCACCCUGACAUACAAAAAAUAUUUUCCGCAACCACAUUUAUUCUUAAAAGCCAAAUAUCACAUCCUUAUGUUCUCUCUUUAUUUGGAAUGUUGUUAAUUAUGCAUGCCAUAUUUUUUUGUGUCCAAUUACUAAAGUUCUGGUUUAUAAUUAUGUAAAUGAAUUAGCAAAAAAAAAAAAAGAUGCCUUAUAUGGUUGUAUGACCACUUAUGCUACAGAUAAAUUCUGUAAUGAAGAGAAUGAUCACAAUGUAACAAUAAUGCUGUGAACUCACCAUUGUGCAGCAGCCUGUCAAUCAUCAACUUUCUGAUUAAAUUAUUCAAAGUA